AUGACAACCAUCCCCAGCCUCCCUGCCACCCUCACCCCAGCCCUAACCGGCCGUGACGCCAUCGCCGACGCCGUCUACCGAUGUGUCCUAGGCUUCGACACAGGAGACUCUGCUCUAUUCGGUUCCGCCUUCCUCCCAGACUCCACGCUCGAGAUCAACGGACGCGUUCUCUCCGGCUUAGCAGCAAUCCACACCGACUGUUUCGACCCGGUAUCGAAGCUCGACACCACGCACUUCGUCUCGAAUAUCCGGAUCAAUAUUGCGGACAGCGGAACUGAGGCGUCCCUGACUGCAUCGUCGAUCGCGCAGCACUAUCGCACGGGAAAGGGCAUGGAGGCGGAUCAGCCGAGAUUGUUGGGUGGGAGUUUAUACUAUGUUGAUCUUGUCACGCGUGAGGGGGAUGGCGGUUUGUGGAGGAUUAAGGCGUUUAAGAUGAAUUCGACUUGGGUGGAGGGAGAUUGGGGGGUAAUGAAGGGAGAGUAA